AUGUUUUAUUUGAUUGGAUUGGGUUUGUCCUCCGUUAAGGAUGUGACUGUCAGAGGGCUUGAGGCCAUCAAGGGCUGUAAAAGAGUGUACUUGGAACAUUACACAUCGAUUUUGAUGAGCGCAUCGAAAGAAGACUUGGAAGAAUUUUACGGGCAUGAAGUCAUUUUGGCCGAUAGAGAUAUGGUGGAAAGUCAGUCUGAUGAGAUUCUUGCCGGGGCUACUGAAGAUGACAUUGCGUUCUUGGUAGUUGGUGAUGUGUUUGGUGCCACCACCCAUACCGACCUAGUGAUCAGAGCCAAAGAAUUGGGGAUCAAAGUUGAAAGCAUCCACAAUGCCUCAGUAAUGAACGCCGUCGGGGCCUGUGGUUUACAAUUAUACAGUUAUGGUCAAACUGUAUCGUUGGUGUUUUUCACUGACACUUGGAAACCAGAUUCGUUCUACGACAGGGUGAAAGAGAACCGUGAUAUCGGGUUGCACACCCUUGUGUUGUUGGAUAUCAAGGUCAAGGAACAGAGUAUUGAAAAUCUUAUGAGGGGCAAUAACAUUUUUGAGCCUCCAAGAUACAUGAGCAUCAGCACUGCCGCCCAGCAAUUGAUCGAGGUCGAACAAACCAGACAAGAAGCUGCUUACGAUGAGAACACCAUGUGUGUCGCCGUUAGCAGACUUGGGGCCCCUACACAAAGCUUCAAAGUGGCUAGUCUAAAAGAGCUUGCGGAAUACGAUGCGGGAGAACCGCUCCACUCUCUUGUGAUUGUUGGGCCUAAUCCACACGACAUUGAGAUCCAGUACAUGGCUGAGUUCUUUGACGGGACAAAAGAAGAAUUGAAGGCGUGCUUCAACAAAUAA